GGAUUAAUGUAUCUUUACGAAGUUUUUGAUACCUCAGCCGGUUUCGAUCCAAUAAUACAACGAGAGUGAUGUAUAUAAUAAUAAUAAUGAAUGUAAGAAGAAUCGAGAAUCAGGCUCCUUGCCGGGUUACGAGUUACGACCUACGUAUACAAUUAGAAUAGAAUAAGCCAUACAUUACAUAUAUUAUAUAUAUGGGUGACGGGGACGCUCAUCCCCGUAUCUGCGGAUGAAUACUUGUUUUCUUAUUCAAAGGCCGACGCCGUAGUAGACCAACACGGUUUUGUGGAUUGGAAUGAUUGGACGAUUAGGGUCAAGAGAGGGGGGAGGUGGGUCUCAUUUCUGAUUGGUUGAUCACCGCUGUGAACUAGGGCGUGCAUUUUGGGAUUCUAUUUGGUUUUGGGACGAGGUUAGGGUUUUUUUUUCUUUUUUUUUUUUGGAGGAAAAUGGAGACGUCUGGUAGCAAUUCAAGAUACGGAAUCCAUAUCGCUGCUUCCAACUUCAUCCAGGCGCCAUUGGCGGCGCUUUUGGAGUAUUCUGGUAUUUUCAGCACCAGGUCUUCUUCUUCUCAGGAAACCGACGGCUUGAUUGCUCCUUCACCUGCUUCACUCGAUAGCUUCCACUCCCGCUCCGACGAUCGCGAUCGCGAUCACGAUCCGUCGACUCCUGCCUCCACUCCUGAGGAGGUUUCCAUUAGGAUUAUCGGUGCUGGAGAGCAAGAGCGAGAAGCCGUUUCUCUUGACAAUGACCGUUCUUCAUCGGAGCAAAUUUCUGAGGCUCCCGCCGUUUCGGACGCUAGCAGGAAUGAAAGUGGGAGUGGUGUAGCGGCUGUUAAUUCUGGCGGGUCAACUGCCGAUGGGGAGCCUGCCAAUGGGGGCAGUGUUAAUAACAGGGAUUCUUCUUAUCAGAGAUACGAUAUUCAGCAAUUUGCCAGAUGGAUCGAGCAGAUUCUUCCAUUUUCUUUGCUUUUAUUGGUUGUUUUCAUCAGACAACAUUUGCAAGAUAUUUCAGGUUUCUUUGUUACGAUUUGGAUUGCUGCAGUCAUGUUUAAAUCAAAUGAUAUUCUACGAAAGCAGACAGCUCUAAAGGGGGAAAGAAAAUUAUCUGUUCUCACGGGCAUCACUGCAGUGUUUAUGCUUCAUGUUAUCUGUGUUUAUUGGUGGUAUCGGAAUAAUGACCUUCUAUACCCUCUGGUUUUGCUUCCUCCAAAAGCAAUACCUCCAUUCUGGCAUGCUAUUUUCAUCAUCAUGGUGAAUGAUACAAUGGUGCGUCAAGCAGCAAUGGCUUUAAAGUGCAUACUUUUGAUGUAUUACAAAAAUAGUAGAGGCCGUGAUUAUCGUAAACAGGGUCAGAUGCUAACUCUUGUUGAGUAUCUGUUGUUGCUGUACCGUGCCUUGUUGCCUACACCAGUCUGGUAUCGGUUCUUUUUGAACAAAGAAUAUGGAAGCCUCUUUUCUUCAUUGACUACAGGGUUGUAUUUAACUUUUAAGCUUACAUCAGUUGUUGAGAAGGUUCAAUCCUUCUUUGCUGCAUUGAGGGCCUUAUCGCGUAAGGAGGUGCAUUAUGGGUCUUAUGCCACAUCUGAACAGGUUAAUGCAGCAGGGGAUCUCUGUGCUAUAUGCCAGGAGAAGAUGCAUGCUCCGAUUUUGCUUCGGUGUAAACACAUAUUUUGUGAAGACUGUGUAUCAGAAUGGUUUGAGCGAGAGAGGACAUGCCCAUUGUGCAGGGCCUUGGUUAAACCUGCUGAUAUCAGAUCAUAUGGUGAUGGAUCGACUAGUCUGUUUUUCCAGAUAUUUUAGGAUUUUACUUGCAAAGAUAAUCAGGCAACUUGUGCCUUGAGACCAGAGAUCACUCGGUUGGAAAAUCUCGAGUUUCACCAUUAAUUCAGAGUAGAAUUUUUGCUGAGUUACUAUUUUCCCGUGUCUAGUCCAUCUGGAAGACCCAAACUGGAGGUGGAGUAGUUGUAUCUCAAUGUAAUGUUGUAUGCGCGAGGUGGAUAUAUGUCAUUGGUCUGUCAAUGGAUAAAACCAUAUGGGUAGCUUUAUGACAUAUAUCAUAUUGUCUAUAGAGGUUUUUAUUUUUAUUUUUACAUAUGUUGUAUUCUUGGAGGAUAUAUUUUAUUGACUUCUCAAUGGAUUCUCAAAUAGACGGUUGCCUUGUGAUACAUACAUAUAUAUCUAUAUAUAUUGUUUAUAAAAGGUUUAUUAUAUGUAAA